AUGAACAACUUUGAUUUUUCACGUAAAGCUUCAUGUAUUACCUUAUCCAAUCUAGAAGAAGAUGUUAUUAGAGCAGAAAUUGAUAUUGUUAAUGCAACUGCUAAUGUUGCUGUAUCAUUAAGUGCAUGGCGUGCAAAAUUUUGUAAACUUUGGCAUAACUAUCAUUGGCGUAUGAGACAUUAUUUUUAUUUACAUCUAUUUGUUUUCUUUUGUAAUACACUUAUAUGCGGUGUUAUUGUAUGGGGUAUUGAACAAUAUAAAAUUCCUUAUAUUGAUUGUUGGUUUCUUAGUGCAACAUGUGUAUUUACAUGUGGAUUACAAACAUACGAUUUUGCAUUACUUAGUCGAUCAUCUCAAAGUAUUUUACUUUUUUAUACAUGGAUAUCUGGUAUAACUGUUAGUACAAUUCCAGCUAUAUUUAUAAAACUUUAUCGAGUUAAAAACGAAAUUAUACGUUCGGAAGAGUCAGAAACAAGAACAAGUGAAAACGAUGUAUUACCAAUACAAAGACUUGUUCCUAAUCAAAGCAUUGAUUCAGAUUUACAUGAACGUAUUCAUUCAUUACCAAGUCCACAUCAUCUACGUGUUACAGCUUAUAUUUUAAUGAUUGUACUCAUUUUAUCAACUUGUUUUGUUAUUUAUUUAAUAUCAUUUAUUGCUAUGGGUAUUUGGCUUAAAUAUCAUUAUGAAUCAAAAGCUUUAUUACAAUCAAAUGCAACUAUGAAUCCAUUUUAUGCAGCAAUUGUUAUUACAAUAACUGCUUUCAAUCAAAAUGGUUUAUCACCUUGGACAAGUGGUAUUGGUUUAUUAGUUAAUGAUAUUUUUAUGAAUAUUUUUAUUAUCAUUGUUGUUAUGUCUGGUACUUCAUUAUUUCCAGCUAUAAUUCGUGGUGUUGUGGUUUUAUUUAAAACCAUUGUACCUUGGCGUUAUAAAAUAUUUUUUGAUUAUAUCUUAUUAAAUAAUCAUCGUUUAUCUGCUGUUAUUUUUCCAUCGAUUCAAACACGACUUUAUGUUACUAUUACAAUUUUAUUACAAAUAUUGGGUGUUGUGGUGGCAUUAAUACUUGAUUAUCAUAAUUCAAAUUUAGUUCAAUAUAAAGGAGGAACAAGAUUUAUGAUAUUUAUGCUUGAAACAGCUAAUACUCGUUUUGGAGGUUAUGCAACAACUGAUCUAAGUUUACUUGCACCGGGAACAUUAAUCAUAUUUGUUUUAUUAAUGGGUGUUAAACCUCAAAUGUUAUGUGCUAUUGAUGAAACUCCAUUUGAAAUGGAAUGGAUAUUAAUACAAACACAACAAAAAUUAGAAAAUAAAGUUUCAAGUAAUAAUCGACGUGGAAGUAUACAAAUAUUUUUACCAUUUAAUCGUGUGAAACAUUAUUUAUCACGUCAAGGUUCAUUAGCAAAAGCACAAGCAUCAAAUUAUUUUUCUUCUAUUGCACGAAGAACUCGAGCUUCUCAAGCUAUUAAUCAAUUACAUGAAAAACGUCUUCAACAUCGUUUAAGUGCAUUAUCAUUUGAUACGUAUAAUCAUUCAAGAGAUGAUCGAAAUAGACCUCUUGGAUAUAUAUCAUUUCUUCGUAUGAAACUUUUAUUAAUUAUUUUUUGCCGUCAUGCUGUUGUUAGUUUAUUCAGCUUAUUGGUUUCUACUCGCACAUGGUUGUUUUUAUUUAUUUUUCUUAUUUGUGCAUUUGAUUCAUAUCAUAUGACACCUGUUGAUCCAUCAAUAACUGUAUUUCGUGUUAUAUUUGAAGUUAUUAGUGCAUUCGGUGGUUGUGGUUUAUCUAUGGGUCAUCCAAAUGUUACAUCAAGUUUUGCUACAUUACUUACAGUACCAAGUAAAAUAAUUCUUAUAUUAACAAUGUGUAUGGGUAGACAUCGAGGCUUACUUGAUUCAAUGAAAGAUCAAGAAGAAAUUGAAUAUAGUGCACAAACAUUAAUUGAUAGUUGGCAACAAUUAGCUGUAUUAGAACAAAUAGAAAAGAAGAAAUCAUUAGCAGAACAUCAAUCACUACCAAUUCUGUCAGCAGCUCAACCAACUUCGUCACUUAUUACUAAAUUUUAA